CAUCAUGCAGAAGGCCAAGAGAUACCUGAAUUUAAGAAUGAAAGAGGGAAUACGCCUCUCCAUGUUGCUGCAUAAAUGGGGAGUGUGACUCUAUGCAAGAGCGUAGUUAAUGAAACUACUGGUCAACUUGGUUUAUCAUUUAUGGAAGCUCGUAAUUUUAAGGGAGAGACUCCGCUUUUCAGGGCAGUACUUAGUGGUAAGAAAGAAGUUUUCAUUUUCCUUCACAAAGUCUACCAGGAGAACAACCUUAGCUACAAUGACCUUUCCUGUCGGAACGUCGAUGAUGACACUAUUCUUCACGUUGCUAUUGCUACAAAAUGUUUUGAUUUGGCAUUAGAAAUAAUUACGUUGUAUCCGAAACUAGUACACUUCGUCAAUAAGAAAGGCUUUUCCCCUCUCCAUGUGCUGGCGAACAAUCCUUCCGCAUUUGAAUUUGAAAGGGCAACCAUGUACGGAUUCGUAGUAACGCACCUUGCUAAAUGCUUUCCCAGGAUCAAAAGUAUGAUAAGAGCAAUUCAGGACCAAGAAAAUGCCGCUAAAGUCAUGAAUGAACUCGUAGAACGUAUUGCAGCGCCAUAUGAACAAGCAGAUCAUGGUGGGACGGACCCCAACAAAACGAUUAGAUCACCUCAGAUGGCAGAGGAUCCAAAGCAAAAAACUCCAAUCAUUGGGAGUACUAGUGAAAAAGGGUCAAUGGCAACGUCAGAGGCACCCAUACUGAUUGCAGCAAAAAAUGGUAUUAUUAAAAUGAUUGAAAAGAUCCUUGAAAUCUUUCCUGAGGCUGUAUAUGAGGUGGAUUCAGAGAAGAAGAAUAUAGUGCUAUUAUCAGUGGAGCAUAAGCAAUCUCGCGUGUACAAACUCUUACUACAGAAGAAGAAGGAGAGAAUAUUAUACAUGAUAAAUGUAAAAGCAUCCCUGCCAAAUGGGUUUCGUUUUAUCCGCAACAACGCGGGCGAAACCCCAGAGGAGGUCUUCACCAAAUCACACAAGGAACUUGUCGGAGAAGGCGGAAAGUGGCUAACCAAAAUUUCCAACAUAGCAUGCCCAGUUGCAACAGGUGUCUUUGUCGCAAUUGCUUUCUCCUCGUCACCCAGCGUGGAUGUCAAACAACUCGACACUAACUCGAUGGAAUCUGCAUUCAAGGAGUUCUCAAUAGCGUCCUUAGUGGCCUCCUGCCUUUCAGUGAUAGCAGUGGCAAUUUUCAUAUCAGUCAUCACAUUGUCUCGCAGUGAAAGGAGUUUUCGCACAGGCCUUAGUACAUUGAGUUUGCUUCUCUUGGGGCUAGCUGCCUAUCACAUAUCUGCGGUGGCUGCUUUGACGUAUUUCGUUGAUGGACGUUUCUUUAUUGGUCCAGAGAGAUGUGAAUUUACCCGUAAAUAUGGAGCCAUUGUUAAUAGCGUAGUUUGUCUAACACUAAUCGCGAUGUCACCAUACAUUUCUGUGUUUGCAGCAUUCAUUUCUGGGCCAGCCCGACCCGACAAGAGAACCAGGCAGUAUGGAAAGACCCGACCCGACACAUUCAGGUCGUGUUAA